AAAAUGAAUCGCAAAAUGUGUUGGUAAGCGCAUAACUCAACAACGCCUGGACCAAUUUUACCAAUUCUUUUUAAUGUUCGUUGAAGUCCAAGGAUGGUUUCCUUGGUUUUUAAAAAAGGCGAGAAAAAUUCGAAUAAUUCCUGAGAAAAUCCUAAAUACAGCCCUUUUUUCACGCGGGCGAAGCCGCGUGCGGAAAAAUAAUUAUUAACCAUAUAAAUUGACCUAACUGUGAUAAGUUGUUAGGUUUGAUAGAAUUCAUAAUUUAUUUUAUUAUUUUUAGAGAUUAAAAACUUGCUAAUAAAGUAUUAUUUUUUAGUUUAUAUGAUGCGGUAGCGUAGUACGCAUCCGCGUUUUCCACCAGUUCACGGCCUUAAUUACGUUAAACACCAAUCAUUUCCUAUAAUGUUUGGAUCAUAAUCUACUCACAUUAAAUCUUACCAAUCUACAAAACAACCCCCAUCAGGAAUGCGGUACUCGUAGGUGCUACUAUACUACUUUUUAACUUAUGGUCAACAUAGUAUUAAUAAAUUUGAUCUUACUAGGCAGAUACAGAUCUUAAACCUUACUAAACGAUAAGCUGUCGUAGGCCAAGAUUAACUGUUUUAAACAGGAAACUAAAUUAUUUAAACAUAAGGAAAACAGUGGUCAAAACCACGACGAUAUCUGAAACGAGCUAGUAUUCAUAUAUUGCGUUGGUUGAAGAUACGUGCGUCACAUUACACAACGUUAACGUUACUUACUACUUCCAUUAUUUUUAUUUAGUAAGCUGUACUCGUUCCCAAUGCAUGUGGGAAAAAGAGGUGGCAAGAAAAAGAAGUGGAACACUGCGGUUUUGGCGGCCAUGCUGGUGGCCACGGCUGCGGUCGUCGGGUGCCAUCCACAAUCCGCCUGCGACACAUUGGACCAGAAGUAUGCCGCCGCCGGCUCUCGGCGCGCGACGUGGGCGUGGGGGCGCGCGGCCACGCCGGCGGUGCAGGCAGGCGGCGCCGCGCCCGCCCGCGCCGCCGCCGCGCUGCUGGCCGCCGGCCUGCGCCACCGCCUGCGCUACCGCCGCGUGCAGCUCCACCUCCACGACGCCUACUCGAGCCUGUGCUCCUUCGCCAAGCUUAUGCAGACUCAUUGUCAGAACAUAGACAUUUCAAAUGUACCAUGCUUUGGAAAGACGCAAGGAAGCAGAGCUCCUGGCGGCGCNCUGCGCGUGGCGGGCGCGGGCGCGGCGCCGGCGCGGCUGCGGCUGCACGCGCACGUGUCGCGGCGCGCGCCGGCCUGCGACGACCGUCGCUUGAGCCCCGCGCUGCUGGCCGCGCCGCGCCCGCGCCACACCGCCCGCGCGCUGCGCCGCUUCGUCUCCGGCUUCGGGUGGACUCGCCUCGCCGUUCUUUCCGACCGGUCGCAGCUCGCCGCCGAAAUCUACGAGUCCCUUCGGUCCUUCGGCGACUUGAUCCUCUGCGACGUUCCGAUGGACUCGGAUCCGGAGUCGGCGUUGCGAACUUUGAAGAUGCACGAAGCUCGCAUUGUGUUCGUCAAUUCGAACUCGUCCGUCGCCACAACCGUGCUCUGCGCCGCGGGCGAUCGGGGCAUGACGCCGGAGGCCGGCUACGUCUGGAUCCUGCGCGAGUGGCGCGUCGCCGAUGCGGACGUGAGAUGUCGGCGGGAACCGUUCCCGUCGACUCAUUUCACGGUAUCUUUUUGGUGGCGCGGUGGAAAAGUUCCGUGCGCCCUCGACGGUUCGGGCGACCCGGCCAUGAGGAACGCUCUCGAUGCGACGUGGCCCGAUCGCACGUGGCCUCCGCACGCGGCGCCGUUGGCGGACGCGUUGUCGCUGUUGCUGCACGGCUUCCAAAACUUUUUACAUGAACAUCCUCAGAGACGAUAUGACAUACACAGUCAAACGGUCCCUUCCUUAAUUUGGGAAAAUCUCAAUAAACAUCCUAUAGAAGGAGUGAUGCAGACGUUAAAUUUGGACGAACACGGAGUUCGAAACCAUCUCGCUUACGUCGAAAGAUGGCGGUGGCAACCGGAGAGAUGCGUUGACCGUGUGGCGAGUGAACGACGACGAAGCGUUCUCGCCCCGCUGCUACGACGGCGCCUGCUUCACGGGCGCGGCCGCGAGCCUGCUGGCGCUGCCGGCGCUGCUGCUGGCGCGGCGCGUGCGGCGGCGGCGGGCGGCGGCGCGGCCGGCGUGGUGCACCGCGACGUGCGCGCCGCCAACUGCCUGGUGGACGCGCGGCGCUCGCUCAAGCUGGCCGACUUCGGGCUGGCGCGGCGCGCGGGCGCGGGCGCGGGCGCGGAGUACGUGAGCCGGCGGCGCGGGCCGCUGCCGGCGCUGUGGCUGGCGCCCGAGAGCGUGGAGCGCGGCGCGUUCUCGGCGGCGUCGGACGUGUGGGCGCUGGGCGUGCUGCUGCUGGAGCUGGCCACGCUGGGCGCGCGGCCCUACGGCGCCUGGCCGCCGCUGCGCGUGCUGCGCCACGUGGGCGCCGGCGGCCACCCGCCGCUGCCGGUCGACAUCGCGCCCGAAACGUGAGUGUGAUCGUGCGGGCGAGCGGCCUCGAGGCCCCGGUCGGUCCUUCCUUCGAACUCCUGCGUUCACCGUUGCGGGUUCAAUGGCAAUUCAACUGUCCCACCGGGACUGACUCGUCUUCGCUGGUCGGGUUUCUUAUUGGCGGCUAACAGGAGUCUUCUGUUGAGUGCUAAAAUUCUAGCUACACAAGUUGCAGCGCGGUGGGAUAGAAUCAGAGAGUUGAAGAACCCUCGUAACAAACGAUUUUUAAACAAUUAUUGUAGGCACACCACACGUUGCAGUUCCGUUCCCCGAAUGUUAUAAAUAAACCAACGCAUGAUAAAACAUCCCAACUAAUAUUAUAAAUGCGAAAGUAACUCUGU